AUGGCUACGGCAGCCUCCGCCCCUGGCACGGCAUCGUAUGCCGGCUGUGUCUCCUCGCUGCGCAGUUCACUUAAUUAUCUUGAAUCAUCGGUCGAGACUUUGGAUGGAGGCGUAGCCGACUUUCCACGACUCGUCAAGGUUCUGAAAACUGUCCGGCACUACGAACUCAUCCCCCAAACAACACUUGCCGCUGCUGAAUCCUCGCUCCGAGACGAAAUCGGUCCGUAUAUUGCACUCUUACUUUCUCGGGCUGAUGCACAAAUCGAGCGACAGCAACGGCGCAUCGAAACACUCAAGGCUCGUGCAGAGCUUCAACAAGGUCGCCUCGCCCGGCCGGAUGAGGUUGACAAAAAGAAUACCGCUAGGGGGCGCAAUUUGACCGGAGAAGACAAAUUAAGAGCUCGUAUUGUUCGUCAGCGUAAAGAGGCCCUUCGUUACGGAGUUGAGCGGCUAGAGCUCGAGGUGCUUCAGAAAGAAAGGGAACUACGAAGGCGUCUCGACACUUAA